AUGAAGUCAUUCACGGUUGCGACUGCGGUCCUUUCUCUUGUGUCGACAGCUUUCGGCGCAGACAAGAGUAACUUGACAAAACCACUUUCUUCGAAACAAAUUCUUCCCUCAAAUUUCAAACCUCCGCAGGUCUUCAAAAAUGCCAAUCUGGUCCAUCAUAUCAAUCUCGAAAAAAGUUACCCAAAAGAGUCAAUUAAUGUGGUAAUUGAGAACAUUGCGAAUGAACCUCAAGAUGAAUACUAUCUGCCAUUCACGUCGAGGCAGAUGGAAACAAUUGGAGCUUUGGAAGUAAAGGACAGAAAGGAUGCCGAUUCCGGACUAUUCGAAGUUCGUGCAGUAGAGGUGGACACAGAGAGUGACACUCAAUUCUACUUGAUCAAGCUACCACAACCCCUAGCACCCAAAGCACAACAAACAAUUGGCAUCUCAUACUCAUACCUUUCAGCUUUAAACCCUCUUCCAAAUUCAAUUGCACAAAACGAGAACCAAUACGUCGUUUACGAAUUCUCCGCAUAUGCUCAAUCAUCAUACGUCACUUCGAAACAAAAGACUGAGGUUAAAUUCCCAACUACCAAUAUUCCAGAGCACACCAUUGUUCCAGGAACUGAUGGUGCAUCCGAAUCACCACAGAAGCAAGGUUCCAAGUACACAUACGGUUCUUAUGGAGAGGUACCAGCUGGUGCAGUGGAACCAGUCCGAGUUCGAUAUGAGUUCACCAAACCCCUCAUUCACGUCUCUAGAUUAGAGCGUGAUAUUGAAGUCAGCCACUGGGGAGGAAAUGUUGCUUUCGAGGAACGUUAUACGUUGACCAACCGUGCUGCCAAUCUUUCUCAACCAUUCUCUCGCACUCUCUGGAACCAAGCCGCAUACUAUGCCACCACUCCCACUUCUGCCAUUAAGGAGCUCAAAUUCCCAUUGAAGGUUGGAAGUUUGACACCAUACUUCACUGAUGUCAUUGGCAACGUCUCUACAUCUCGUUUCCGCAGCAACAAACGUGAAGCGAAUCUUGAGAUCAAGCCUCGUUACCCAAUCUUCGGAGGUUGGAAUUAUCCUUUCCGUGUAGGUUGGGAUGCUGAUGCCAAAAAAUUCUUGAGAAAAUUAAGCGGAGAGCAAUAUGUUCUCAAUGUCCCAUUUUUGGAAGGUCCAAAACAAGCCGAGGGAGUUGAAUAUGAAUUCGUUGAACUUCGUGUCAUUCUUCCAGAAGGAGCCGAAAAUUUCCAAUUUUCCACUCUCGUCCCUGUUGCCUCCUCUACAAUCACUCUCCAUAAGACUUUCAUGGAUACUAUUGGCCGUACAACACUCACACUUCAUUCUCAUAACUUGGUUGAUGAUCUCCGCGAUCGUGAACUCAUUGUUACAUAUACCUACCCCUUCCUUGCAGGUUUCCGCAAACCUAUUGUUAUUUUCUGCUCCACUUUGAGUUUAUUCGUUACGGUUUGGGCUAUUGGUACCUUGAAUGUUAGUAUCAAGGGGAAGAAGGCUUAA